AACAGAUAUAUUCAUUUGUCUCCGUCGGACAGUCAUGAGUGCCUCCGGAUGCCGCCAAGAAGAUGAUGCGUCAAGAAGAGGGGUUAGAUGGGAUGAGGAGACAAUCGCGGAGCACGACAAGCUGCGGGGAACGCGACAAAAAAUCGAUGAACCCCCCACGCCCUACCACAUGUCCUACGAACCAGCCGACGCCGAGGAUGACAACAUGAAGUUGGAUGGGACUGGAGAGGGCGAAGAUGACAAGCCCCCCGGAAAUAAGGGCAGUCCUGUCACCCGAAAUCGGGUCUCCCGCUCGAACUCCGUCUCCUCAGCACCUGGAACGCCCAGUCAAAUUGCCAAGAAAAGUCAACCUGGCUACCUAGCGGAAAACUGGCAGGAACUGACGACAGCACUGGAACAAGCUGCCCAAAAUCGAGAGGCUCUUCGACAAGCGAGGGGUUCAUCGUCGGCAGUGUCCGAUGCAGGAGGGAAAGGGGAUGGACAGUCUCCGUCCAUGUCUCGAAGCGGGAGCGGCAGCAGCCAGCGCUCAGGCAAAGACAGAUCGGCAAGUUUUUCCUCGGAUUCAGGACAUGACCGUGCUUCAGACGACAAGCUGAUGAAGAGCCCUCAGCACGCGGCCUUUGCCAAAAAGCGAAUGAGUCACUACGACGAAUACAAACGCUUGCAAGAAUGGCGGAAGGCGCAUGAGGGCGAGGAAGAAAAAGACGAGGAAGAGGAAGAAGAGAAAGGAAAAGGACACGAAGGUACUGGUAAGGGCAAAAAUCAGGCAGAAGCGGAGAAGACUGCCGAGAAAUGACCUUCAAAAGGAGUUCAGCUCUGAUUGAGACUCAAAAGAGUCGAGAGAAAGCGAGACUUUGAAAAAUGUUAAUACGUUGAUGCCUAGAACUAAGGGCCG